GUUGUCGGCAGGUGGGAAAGCCCUCCCAAUACGCACUUCCGCCAGGACAACCGCGACCAUCGUCGACUUCCGCAGCACUCGUGGUAUUCCCUCCCUACGGCCGACCGCAAAGCCCUUCAGUGAGGCUGCGAGCACAUUGCGUCCGGGACUCUCAUUCCUCCCAGAACCAAGCGUCGUCUGCCAAUUCUGAGAACAUGCCUUCCUACCUACCAGGAAAGGCGCGAGCCCAGCCAGCUGCCCAAAAGAAAGCUCGGCAAGUGUACAAUUCAUCUGACGAUGGGACAGAGUCCGACUCCACUUCUACAAGUGACUCUGAGGUGGAAUUCACUAGGCCGGCUCCCAUUGGAACCAGGAAGCCCGGGCAUAGACUAUCUCGAGCAUUGCCAGAAUCGGCGGCUCCGACAACCAACAAGCCGCCCAUACGGCAGACGAAUGUCGGAGGAAUGGCUUCUACAGCUCCAGUCUCCAGUGACAAGAGAAGGUCACAAGUAGGAGCCUCCCCAGGCGGCCGCCAGCGCGAUAGUACUCAGUCUCCUUUAAAGUUGAGAUCGGAGUGGAGAACUUCGGCUGCUGCUCGAUUUGCGAAUGAUCUGGAUUCCCUGAGCUUUGGGUCGAGUUUCGACAACUUGUCUUUGGGUGCCCCUACAUCCAUAGCGGAGGAGCCUGUCGCCGUUAGGGCAGCAGCGAAGCCAGCACCGAGAGCACCUGUAGGCGCGCCUAAGCCGAGUUCGUCGAUCCCAAAGCAGUCCUCUCUGGAGUCAUCUGGAUUGACAGCUUCGUCGACAGCGGCGCCUGCACAACCGACGUCGGUAUCCUCAGAUUUGGACGUCGUCGUAGCCCUUCGGAGCGCCCAAGCGAAGAAGAAGUACACGGAGGGAUAUAUAUACAAAAGGAACGAGCUCAGUGAUACAGGUCACCCCCUCAUAUCCGGAGACACCUCAGAACUUCAUGGAGACAGGAACGGGGACUGGACCAAAUGGUGGGCUGAGCUUAGAGGGACCACAUUACGGUUAUGGCGGGUGCCGGAUCACAUCACGCAGUUAACUUACACACCCGCUCCCACGGUGGAGAAAACCCUGCGAUUGGAGUUGGACCCGAUGGCGUCGACGAUUGCUACCAUCAAGUCUGGGAAUGCGGAUGUUAUCGCGAUUGAUGUAUCGCAAAGUGUGGUGGAGAUUUUCCCACCAAACAUUUACAAGACGGAAAACACUGCGAACCCGCCUCCUGUGCCGUACACGAACUUCUUCGGGAUGUCUACCGCUGGCUCUAAUCUGUACUACUUUGCGGCCUUGUCGACCAUCCAGUCCAACACUUGGGUGGCAGCAAUCCGCCUAGCUAUAUUUGAGUCAACAAAAAUCAACGAGUUUCUCGCCCUCAAGGUCUUGAAGCGACCUACCUUUGCAUCCGCUUGGAAAGAUCUCGGGGUGACGCCGUUCACAAACAUCUCCGCUCAGAAAGGGGAAAUCAAGUAUGAAGGAAGUCUCGAAGUACGAUCAACAUAUGCGACCAAGUCAAAACCAUACUACGUCGUGAUCAAGCGGUCCGGCAGUGGCGGUCUCAAACUCGGGAAGAAACUCUUUGGGAACAAGAAGCGAGACUCCACCAUUCCGGGUGAAACUGAAGCCAAGGAGUCGAAGAAGGUGACAUUCCAAUUUUUCGAGUCGAAGGCGGAGGCGAAGAAGGGACGGCCAGCGUUUGUCCUCGAUUCUGUGACAUCUGCGAGUCUUGCGGUCGACGACUUGAGCUCUGUCGAAAACGGAACAGCUAUGAACAUCCGAUUGGAAGCGCGAAUUGCACUGCCGCCAGCCGAGAAGGAUUCGUCAAGCAAGGGUGCUUCAUUGCAAACCCUGGAGCAGCCAGCGGGAACGCUGGCAAACGUUGGGUCCAAGGGCUACAUCCAUUGCGCCGCCGAUCCUCUCGGCGCUUUCCUGCGCCAAGCAGACCCAAGACCUGCCCCUCCAUUCAUCAAUCUCCGCUCAGCCAACGCCAUCGAAACCGCCUCUUGGUUGAUUGCCAUAUCCACUGCUUUCAAUCUCGAUGUAGACGUCGCCGCACGUGAAGAAGAAAUCUCCUCUUUGAAUCUCGCUGCCCCAACGACCGAAAAAUCGAAAAAAUUUCGCCGCACCUCCAACAUUUCCGAUUCAGGCUCCGAACAAUCGUACUCUGCCGCCGACGACGCCCUCUAUCUCACAACUGAAGACAUCAGCGGUCUGAACAUGAGCAACGAGAGUCACUCAGCAGUCACUCUGCGAUACGGACAGGUGUAUGCCGACAAGAAGCGCGUGAAGAAAGAUGGGUUCGCCGAGGACUGGGCGGACGCUGUAUGGGAGGGGGAGAAAGGUCGACGGGAAUACGAACGCCGGGAAGUUGAGCACAAGGUGGCUGAGUUGGUGUUGUGGCUUGAGGAGAUGACCGCUAAACAGAAACAGGAAGUUGCUGCUGAAGCGGAGAUCAAGGCGGCUGCGCAACGGGAGCGGGAGCUUGCAGCGGAGAAGGUUAAGAAGGCGGAGAUGGAAUUGGCUGCAGCAGCGGCCGCUGAGGCGAUCGCCGCGAAGGCGUUGGAGGAGCCUGCGGGAGAAGAGGUCACUCAAUCGCAGGAGGUCAGCGAAUCGCCCACCAGCAGCGGGGAUGGAGGCAGUGAAGCCAUUGUGUCGGGCGAACCGUAUGUCGAGACGGUCGAACCAUCGGAGGAUAAAGGAGGGAUUGUAUCCGCGACCGACGUGGUAUUGAACGGGAUUGUGGCUGAAGAAUUUGAAGAACCAGCGAUGGCCGCAUCCAAUGAACCCUUGGAACCAUCAGGAAGCGUGGUUGCGGGGUCUGAAGCGAUUCCCAACGCCGAUGAAAAUACCGCCGUGCCGGCAGAGUCAGCACCAUUACAAGACGCGAAGGAAGAGAUAUCCGAAGAGAACCCCACAGCCGAAACGGUGAGGGCUCUCGAAACCGCAGUCACACCAGAGGCCAGCACUCCUGCUGCUCCGUCGCAAAUGAUGAUGGUGCCGGUCCCUAUCCUGCAAGCCAACGGGCAGUGGGCUUGGCAAUACCAGUGCGUUGACCCCAGCAAGAUGCCUCCGGGCUGGAACCCGCAGAGCGCAUUCCUUCCUCGCAACGAUUUCCCUGAAGUUGAUAGCGACUCGGAAGAUGGCAGUACUCCGACAGAAAGCGGAUCGGAAUCGGAUGAGGAAGGGUCUGGAAGUGGAAGCGGCACGGCUUCCAGCAAAGAGCCUCGCCCAGACGCUCCCAAGAACACCGGCUCGUUCCCACCGAUGCCGCCCGGCAUGAUGCCCAUGAUGUUUCCACCUGGAAUGAUGCAAGGAGACGGAACGGAGAACAUGGGAAUGCCGGGAAUGAUGCCGAUGAUGAUGCCAGGCACGACGCCCGGUUUCCCACCCAUGUUCAUGGCUCCCAACGGUGUCAUGAUCGGCCCUAACGGUUUGCCCAUACCCCCUCCUGGAAUGAUGGACGGAUCGGCACCCGGGGACGCAAACAUGGACGCAGGCGCGAUGGGAGAAGGUGAAGAGUCGGUCCUGACACCCCAAUCGCUGCUCGCUAAUCUGGAAGGACGGGCCAAAUCUUCUCGCCGAGAUGGACCGCUGGUGCAGCUAGAGCGCGAAGUCGUUGAGCACGAAGAGCAGAAACUGGUGCAACCCGCAUACGUGCCGCAGUACUCUCAACACGCCGGCCCGUUGUUGGGACACGUGCCUGACAACGUGCCCAACAGGAGACCCAAGAUGGUCGGAGGGCUGCUCGCCGAAGUGGAACGCAGAGAAAAGGAAAAGGAGAUGUUGAAGCGCAUGGGUGUAUGGAGGCCGACGACUGCUCCGACCGGCGGCUAUAUCCCGACCUACUUGCGUGGCGGUAUGAAUGGAGGCGCUGGGAACCGGAACUCGAUGGCAGGAUUUGGGCCUAUGGGGAUGCCGGGGAUGCCACCCAUGAUGCCACCGAUGAUGCCGCCUCAUAUCGGUCCCACGGGUCUCAUGAGCCCGUGGGGAUACCCGAUAAGCGAGUUUGGAGACCCGCACGAAGAUCCUUCUAUGGCGGCGCAGAGGGAGGAACUUAGGAGGGAGUGGUUGGAGAAAGAGAGAGCAAAGGAACGCCAACGCAUGUCCGAGCGUACGGUGGAGUACUACGGGCAGCCGAACUACUACCCACCUACGGUCGCAGCGAGUGGUCACCCAGGCAUGCGUCCUCCGUCGGCCCACCCAUCCUACUACCCACCUUACCCUGGAGCAGGCCAUCCCGAGAUGAUGCAUUACCCUUACGGCGCAGGACCGCACCCUGGUGGACCGCAAGCGCCCAUGUGGCGCCGAUCCAACUCGUACUCGGGAUCUGAUGACAGCGACAGCGACGUUGCCGCGAAGAAGCGUGACACGGGCGCCAAACGAGGACAGAAGAAUAAGAACGAUAGCAGCAGCGAAGACACCAGUAGCAGUUGCGCGACGGACAGCGAGGACGAGCAGGGUAAAGAUGAGAAGAGUGGGACUGAAGACGAUGAGGAGGAUGCCGGGUUUGAUGACGACUCGGACGUCGACCCACGGGCAAGCGCCGUCAAACUCGUUAAGAAGAAACCGGCGGGCAGCGGUACCGAUUCAGAGAGCGACGCCCAAUCCAGCGACGACGAGCAGAUGACGAAAGCUGCGUUGAAGAAACGCCAACAUCUGAAGGCGAAGAAGGCGGAAUCAAGCGGGACAGACUCGGACGAUUCCAAGUCAUCCAAUUCCGACAGCGAAGAUGACGAUUCUGAAGAUUCGGAAGAUCACGCGCCGUUAGUCAAGAGCGCCCGUCCUGGCGCUGCCGGUCCCAAACAGUUCCCCAUGCACAACCCAGGUCCAUACGGCGCCCCUCACGGGUUCGGACCCUAUGGCGCUCGCCCCCCACAAGGACCCUACGGCUAUCAGCCCUACCUCCAGAACGGCCCUUACGGUAGUCCAUACGGGCCCCCAUCGGCCGGAUAUGGUGGUUAUCAGCCACAAGGACCCUACCAUCCCGGAUACUCCCCAUACGGCCCGCCACCACCGCAAGCACCUGCGGCGCGUAGCGGUCCCGUCCACGCCAAGCAAGCGAAAGCGGCCACGAAGAAGCGAUCGCCUCUCCGGAAGCGCCGAGACGCAAACACGGAAACUGAGGAUAGUGACAGCGACGUUAGCAGCGGGAAGCGCCAGGUGAACGCCCGCGUCGCCAAGAAGGAGGACAACGAAACGCAAACCGGUAGUGAAAGCGAAAGCGAAAGUGAGGUGGAGGUCAAGCCGAAGAAGGCGAGCAAGCGGGCUGAGAAGUUGCAGCAGAAGUCCGUGCAGAAGGUCCGACAUGAGAAGGUCAAGACCAAGAGCAAGAAGGGAAAGGAGAACAAAAUCUAGAUAGAGGGAGGUAUAUGUUGCUAAGAUGUCUCGGUCAGUAGUUUGUUUUUUGGGCAAUCCAAAUAGGUAUCGCGAAGUAGGACGUAACCCUCGGGUCUUCGGCGUAAAGGCGUAGCGUAGUGAAUCCCCGUAGUGUUUAUUCAAUCCUCCUGUAACUUAUUCAAUGAGCUUUUAUAACCAGUA